CGGAAGAGAAUUUGUCUUUCUUAUCCUUUCACUGAUUUGUUUAGGACAGACCUUGUUUCCUGAAAGAAUGUUUUAGUUUUGAAAACGGUUGCAAUACCCAAUAUAUCAUCUUUUCUUUUGAAUGCAUCAUUUGAUGUUUCAGGCUCCAUAAUACGGACAUCUUGCUGCACAAAAGAAGCCCUCAACUACUCAGUUUUUAGUUCUUUUACACCUUUUCCGAUUUGCUGGAGCAAACUAUCAUCAUCCGGCGUCUGAUGGUCAUUUUGCUAUCCGAAAAUGUCAUUAGAAGAAGUUUUGAAGGUUGUUUUUCCCUUUUUAGAUGGUGUAGACCUUGCAGCUUGUAUGGUGGUUUGUAAGCAUUGGAGACGCAUAGCUAAAGAUGAUUACUUUUGGAAAUGUGUAUGUGCAAAGAGAUGGCCUUCGAUUUGCAAACGGCCCAAUCCUCCUACUGUGACCUAUUAUAAACUGUAUCAAUCAUUCUAUAAACGACAGCAUCAGCGAUCACUUCUCCCUCCAAGACUUUCCUUCGAUGACUUGGAGUUCUACAUUGACAUUUGGAGUGAAGAUAAAUUGAUUUUCUCUGAUGUUGUCCCUGGUCCUGUCCUCCCGGGAGGAAUCAAGAUCCUACCGGCUGGAAUUUGCGACAUGCUCAAGUUUCAUCUCGAGAGUCCCGAGUACAAGAUGAUCUUACCUGUUGACCCAAGUUUCACCGUUCCUUGGAGCCAGACUGUGAGUGUUUCAGUGCUUGUGGGGCGGAAGGACUCGAAUAAAGUUGCUUGUAUAAUUAAUAAAUCGCUGUUUGAUUACAUAGAUCGUACAGCUUCCAGGGCUCUAGCUUUCGACUACCUUGUCUUCUCUCCCAAUUAUCCCUUUAUUUCGGGAAUCCGGGCAUGGAUCUCCUUGCUCUUCACAGAAGAUGGAAACGACGGUGUCAUGGAUGUUUUCAGCAUCGAGCUGGACUUUUGUGAUGCUGCCAAUUCUAGAGAAGAGGUAUUGUGGCUAUUAGACAUGCUUGAUUGGAAAUGAAUGGUGGAAAGCUUGGCAUCCGAGACCAGGCACAGGGAAGUAAAUGAAGUAGGGAUGUGAUAAUAAUAUGUUCAGCCUUCACUGUGCUUUUCAUGGUGGAUUCAUUCAACAUAUGUUAUUCGGAUUCACAAGAUCAUUGGAGAUUCUAUAUUUAAGUGUUAGACGUGAGCAUGGAACAUGAAUGCUUCAAGAGAAAUGAAGAGUUCGAGCAACAUGACUUUCAACUGGAAAUAAUU